UACUUUGGAGUCCAGUCAUAACAGCAACCUCGCUCCCGGAGGAUCCUCUUCGAACACCGGACCCACCUCUUGUUAUCUAUCGUCCUGCUCUUCUCUGGGUCGAUGUCAGCUUUUCUUUGUUAUACACUCUUGUUUUCAUCCACUUGUUUCCUCCCUUGAUCCACUCUUACCUCUGAGUGAACUCAACAUCAGAGAACCCAACAGCGGCUCCCUUUCAACCCAUGAUGCCAGGCGUCAUGGCCGAACAUCAUAUGUCGCCUUCAAGUUUCAAGAAGCGGAAGAGGAAUCAAACCGAUCUCAUCAGUCCGGCUGACUCCACAAGACUUUUCCCCUCGACCCAUAAUCUCAAUUCUCCCUAUGGCAUCGGAUAUCGAGACCAACCCAAGGACAAUGAAGGAUUCCAAACCCGUCAAUCAUGUCUUUCGAGGAAACGCCGUCUCCUUCAACAACCUUACAUACAAACCCGACCCAACGACAUGUAUCAACCGCAUCAAACCAGCAUGACACAAGCAAAGUAUUUGCCACCGAAUAUCUGCAUCUCUUCCUCCGAUAUAUCCUCGCCCCCAGUGUCUCCGAAGACCUUGGUUUCCUAUCCUCAGCUACAUAACUCCUGCACCGCUGCCUCAUCCCUCCGACCCUGUCACAUAUGCCACAGAAAGCCGACGACGAGAGAAGCUCUCAAUGCGUACACCGAUUGUGGCCUAUGUGGCCAACGAGCAUGCUAUAUCUGUGUCCGACAAUGCGAUUCGCUUGAUUGUGGUGGCUCUGUUCAUAUCUUAGAGGGGUCUCUUCCGUUCAUUGAUUCUUCUGGUAGACCGGAAGAUAUUAUGGACAGUGGAUUCCAAACGAAGAGGCCAAGAACAAUUUGCUCCUGUUGUGCCAUGGAAGGCGUGACUGAGACAGGGAUGGAAGUUGUUAAAUGCCUUGAAUGUGUCCAAAAUCACAUAAUCCGCUCUUCCCAGACAAACGGACGUGAGAAGGAAGCAAGCAACCAUAUGUUAUAACCAGGCACAUCAGUUGUUAACCUUAUGAUAGAUUAAAUAAUGAAAUGUAUAUGAGUC